CGGAAAUUGUGUAGAUGAAGCCGAGAACGACAAAAUGGCUUUAGUUCAAGCCGUAUAGAUUGAGUGCUACUGAAGGGUAUAAAGAGGCAUUGAUAUCUCGAAGUUUUCUCUUAUUGCCAGCAGCAGCAUCUCAGGGCAUCUCAGCAGGUCUGAAAUCUUAUCGUCCCCUCUCUUCAACAUCAAACGGUCUUUGUUAAACUUCGUCUGUACCUGUAUAUCACUAUGCCUGUCCGUGUCACCUACAACAGCCCUGUCCCGGAGGGCAAGCCUUUUACUGUUGCGCAAUUGCGCACAAUCAACUUUGGCAAACUUGUCGAGCGCGACCCUCAGGAGGCCGCGAAGCUGCUCGAGGCUGGCGAAAAGGACGGCUUCUUUUACCUUGACCUGACCACACCAGCCAGCAAGGGCUUGUGGAAGGACUACACGGCAUGCCUGGAGGUCUUGAAGAAGUGGUUCGACACUCCUCUCGAAGAGAAGACCCAGUAUGCCUACGGGUCUGAUGUGCAAGGCUACAAGCCCAUCGGUACUCAAACCGGGGCUACUGAGAAGUCCAAGGAUGGUUUCGAGACUUUGCGAAUUGCUCAAACGGGCCUCGCAUGGCAAAAUCAACCUCUCCCCGCCGCGGUUCUCGACCAGAGCACACUCUUCAAUGACUUCAUUGACAAGACGCGCUAUCACGUUAUCCAGCUCCUGUCCAGCUUCUCCGAUGCCAUGGGUCUUGAAGGCGACGACCGAUUCGAGCGCAAACACCCGGACAACAGACCCUCGCACACCUCGAUGACUUUCCACCGCUAUAACAAGCUCGGCGCCCGCGAUGUCUCCAAUGUUGGCCACAACAAGCAUACCGACAUCAGCAGUAUCGCGUUUCUCUUCGCGCAGCAAUGGGGCCUACAAGUUCCCUCCACUACCAGUGAGAACAGCUGGGACUACGUGCGGACGCAACCCGGUUUUGCCAUUUGCAAUGUCGGCGACUCUUUGCGUUUUUUGUCUGGUUUCCGGCUGCGAUCGGUGCUGCAUCGCGUUGUGCCUACCGUCGAGAUGGAGCAAACGCACCGCUACUCGGUUGCAUAUUUCACGCGCCCAGUUGACGGGACGACAUUUAAGGACUCCGAGGGGCGGAUUAUUUCGAUUCAGGAUUGGUUUGAGAAGAAAUUCGACAUUUAUCGUGCGAGUCAUGAGGAGCAGCGCAAGAACACGAUGCUGACUGGUGGAAUUGAGGAUGCAAAGGCCCGCGCCAGGAUCCACUUGCGUGAGGAGAUUCAGAUUUAGAGUAAUUAUCGUGGGAAAUUGAUGACCUGGAUGAUUUGUCGCCAUUUCUCCCUGUCGUUUCGCUUUCGGAUCUUUCCUCCCUAGCUUGUGUUUGGGGGAAAGUGUUUGGGGGGAAGUUCUCAUAAAAACACCACUUUUGCAUGUUUUUCUGCCUUUUUUUAUUUGUAAGAAAAUUAAAGCAGCAUGUGGAGCAAAUGCCCAAAUUGAAUGAGGUGUCCUACUAUUUUCCAGAUCAUAAUGUCACCAGACAU